CGCGAUGUUCCCACACUUUAAUGUCACUUGGUAGCUGGGAGUUUCCAGAAAGAUGCCACCCACACUUUUCCAGAAGCUUUUCACCAAGAGGAACGGACAGCUGUCCCCGAGCAGAGACCACCGAGAGGAUUAUGCCUUCAGCUGGCCAUCAUAUGAGUAUGAUCCAAGCCAAAUCCGCUUGAUUGUGUACCAGGACUGCGAGAAGCGAGGACGAAAUGUCUUGUUUGACUCCAGUGCCAAGCGUAAGACUGAGGAUCUGUCUGUGUCGAAACUUGUGAGUGAUGCUCCAGUGCGGGUGUUCGGGAAGUGUUGCCAGCUCAGACCGGGAGGAGACAGCUCUACUUCUUUAGAUAGUUCAGCUAACUCUCUGGCUUCUGACACAAAAGAACAAUGCCCCAAAUACCAGGGAUCUCGAUGUUCUUCGGAUGCCAAUAUGCUUGGAGAAAUGAUGUUUGGUUCUGUGGCUAUGAGCUACAAAGGUUCCACCCUAAAGAUUCAUCAGAUACGCUCACCUCCUCAGCUGAUGCUGAGCAAAGUGUUCACUGCCCGGACUGGCAGCAGCAUCUAUGGAAGCCUUAACACAUUACAAGACAGCCUUGAGUACAUAAGCCAUGACAACAACACAGUAAAAGCUGAGAACGGCAGCAUUAUGAAUGGUCUCCUUGGAAACAUAGGUCUGUCUCAGCUCUGCAGCCCCAGGCGGGCGUUCUCUGAGCAGGGCCCUCUCCGCCUCAUCCGGAGUGCUUCUUUCUUUGCAGUACAUAGCAAUCCAAUGGACAUGCCAGGCCGGGGGUUUAAUGAUGACCGAGACAGUGGAAUAGCAAGAUCUGCGUCUCUCAGCAGUCUUCUGAUCACCCCUUUCCCUUCUCCAAGUUCAUCACUUAACAGCAGCUGUGCCAGCAGCUACCAGCGACGCUGGCGUCGUAGCCAAACUACAAGCUUGGAAAAUGGCGUAUUUCCUCGAUGGUCAGUAGAGGAAAGCUUUAACAUGUCAGAUGAAAGCUGUGGGCCAAACUUGGGCGUUGCGCGAAAAAAGAAGAUUGCCAUAGGCGUAAUUUUCUCUUUGUCAGCUGAUGAGGAGGAAAAUGGAAAAUUCCAUGAGUUCUUCUUUUCUCACUUUCCUCUCUUUGAGAGUCACAUGAACAAGUUGAAGAGUGCCAUAGAGCAGGCAAUGAAAAUGAGCCGCAGAUCCGCAGAUGCCAGCCAGAGAAGCUUAGCAUACAAUAAGAUUGUGGAAGCCUUGAAUGAGUUUCGGACUACAAUCUGUAAUCUGUACACCAUGCCGAGAAUAUCCGAACCUGUUUGGCUUACAAUGAUGUCUGGAUCACCAGAGAAAAAUCACCUAUGUCAACGAUUUAUGAAGGAGUUUGCCUUCCUGAUGGAGUACACAUCAAAAAACCAGUUCCUUCCAGCACUCCUUACAGCUGUCCUCACAAAUCACCUUGCCUGGGUUCCAACAGUCAUGCCCAAUGGACAGCCACCAAUUAAAAUCUUCCUGGAAAAGCACUCAUCACAAAGUGUGAAUAUGUUGGCAAAGACUCACCCAUACAACCCUCUUUGGGCACAGCUGGGAGAUUUAUAUGGAGCUAUUGGGUCACCAGUGCGAUUAGCAAGGACAGUUGUCAUUGGAAAGAGGCAAGACCUUGUGCAGAGGUUACUUUAUUUCCUCACCUACUUUAUAAGGUGUUCAGAACUUCAGGAGACCCACCUGCUGGAGAAUGGUGAGGAUGAAGCAAUUGUUAUGCCCGGUACAGUGAUCACUACAAUGCUACAGAAGGGUGAAGUGGAGGAGUCGGAUUAUGUUUUCAUCACAAUGCACAAGAAUAAGGGUUGCCUGUUGAACAAUGAUACAGAUGAAACAAGGACUUCUGAAAAUAAAUGUUGCUGUUGCCAGUGUCCCAUCACUGACCUGCAAAAACCACAAGAGCAACAGGAGGACUGUCAAAGCUCUGUGAAAGAGGCAUUGGAGGAAGGUACCAGUGUAAGCCAGGUAACGACCCAGCUGUCCAGCCAAGAAGUACCUGGUUAUACUGAAGUCUACAAAGACAAAUCAAGAACUUGCCUAGAAACAAAAAUAGAGACUGUCAUUAACAUUCGGGCAGCUCCAAUAGAGAAAUGCUCUUUAGCAGUUGGAUGCCUAGAGCCAUCAGUUCAAUUGGUGGACAAUGAGAACGUGCAAGAGGAAAGCCCCUCAGUAAAAGGUAUGAGAACGAAUGAAAUCUGUAUAGUGAAAAAACCUCCAGAUAAGAUCCCAACUGCAGCAAUGCCUUGUGGUGCUGGCCAGCUCCUAAGCAAGGUGAAGUUUCAGAUUGGUGAUUCUAUGUCACCGGACUCUGAUAUAGAGAUAAAAAGCCAAAAUGUAGUGGAUCAGAUCCAGAAGCACUAUCCAAAACCAGUGCAGGAACAGAGGACACAUGCUACUGAUCCUAUCAGUAUAGCAAAGCAGAAUGCAGAGGACCAAAAAAGUAGCGAGUCGUGUGAGAAACUUUCCAGGGUAGCAAGCAAGCUUGAAAACUGGAAUCCUUUUCAUCAAGAGAACAUUAGCAUGUUUGAUGAGUACUUUCCAGAAGAUGGCUCUAUUGAGGCAAAAAUCAUUGAUCAUAUUCCAGAAGAGGCAAAAAGAAUGGAUACAGUGUGCCCACAAAGACUGUGUGAAACAGAUAAAGCACCUAGUAAUGUAAAAAGUGUUCUUCCAAACAUUUGCAAAAACUGCUGUGCUGAACAGGACCAAAGAGACAGAGUCUCUGUAUCUGUCCCCCAUGGGGAUAAGGAGAAACCAGAGAAUAAGGCUGUACUGGGCACUGACUGGGACAUUCCGAGGAACGAGAGUUCAGAUAGUGCCCUGGGUGACAGUGAGAGUGAGGACACGGGUCAUGAGCUUCAUGCACCAAGUAUUGGUUACUACGGGGCAGAACAAGUAGACUGGAUGGAAGAAGAAGAGAUUGCUUUACCAGGGUCAAAGCUGGUUGAUGUCAGUUCUGUGAAGCCUAACAUCGCCAACUUUGGAAGAUCCUUACUAGCAGGCUACUGUGCAUCCUACGUACCAGACUUUGUUCUUCAAGGAAUAGCAAGUGAGGAGAAGUUGAGGCAGUGUCUAAUGUCAGAUCUGUUACAUGCUGUACAGCAUCCAGCUUUGGAUGAGCCUAUUGCAGAGGCUGUCUGCAUUAUCGCAGACGUGGACAAGUGGUCUGUACAAGUUGCCAGUAGCCAGAGAAGGACAACAGAUAAUAAGCUAGGCAAGGAGGUGCUGGUAUCCAGCCUGGUCUCCAGCCUGCUUAAUUCUACUCUCCAGCUUUACAAACACAAUCUGUCCGCAAACUUUUGUAUCAUGCACCUGGAGGACAGGCUACAGGAGCUCUACUUCAAGAGUCGAAUGUUGUCUGAAUACCUAAAAGGACAAACAAGAGUUCAUGUGAAGGAGUUAAGCAUGGUGCUAGGAAUCGAAUCAAGCGAUCUUCCCUUGCUUGCCGCUAUUGCCAGCACCCACUCUCCAUAUGUUGCUCAGAUUCUUCUGUAAUAGAGGAUGCAUCAGAUGGACUGAAUUGCCAGAAGUACAAUAAAAGGACAGUGUCGUUCUUGCAGAAUCUGGUAAUAAUGACUGAGCCGACUGUGAUCUGUCAGAUCCUGAAGAUAAUCACAGAAGAGGAGAAAGUUGACUCCUGUAUAACUGAGAGUCAUACUGAUCAGAAGUAUUGAAGACUGUUGAGCAUAACCGAAAUCACAAGAUAAAAAAGUAUACUCAUUUUCAGAGUAACACAAUUGUGAGUUCUUUUUACAGCAACAUUUCAGACUUUGUUUCC